AAGAAUUAAAGAUGUGGUUAAAUAGAUUCGUAUUAGAAAAUGGAUUUAAUUAUAAAGUUAGAACAAGUAAAGUAGCUAAUAGUAUAAUAAAAAGGGCUAUUUAUAAAUGUAUUAAAUCUGGUUCUCACAUUCUACAGGUUACUUCAAACCCAACAAAGAGGCAUAGCACAUAUUCUCAAUAUACACAAUGCUUUUGGAAGCUCAAUAUUACUUGCUCAAAAACAAAUUGCAUUGUAAAAAUUAAUUCUUUUAUUAAUGAACACAAUUAUCAAUUUACUUCAAUGAUAUAUGAAAUAGCACCAUGA